AUAAAUAGAGCAAGCAAACCACACAUAAAAAAUUACGCAGCUGCGUAUGCGUGUGCGAGUGUGUGCGACCAUAUAAACCUUAAACGAGGUCUCUCCGCAGUACUCAAGGAACGCGUACUCGUCCAUCGCGAGCGCGAACAGGGAUCAAUAAAGCAGGAUAAAGACCAUAUCCGCAAGAGGAAAGGCGAGCGCGAACCGCAGACAAUGGGCCUGAGUCUAAAAAAAGCACAGCCUCUGGCAAUGAAGAUGAAGGAGGCGGCUGGUUGGAUGGUCAACGACCGAUUCAGCUUCUUUGUUUGCGGGCGGGCGAUGGCGCAGGGCUCUCAGCUGCAACAAACUCUUCCGUACGUCGGACAGGUUUAGUUCACCAGGUCGCCAUUCAUAAGCUCGGCGGUUUCCUUCUGUUCUCGUGUGUUUUGCUGGUGUUUUAUACGUCUGUUGACUGACAAAGAUACACACAAUGGAGCGACGACAGACUGAAGACUUGGAGGAGUACCCCUCCCCCACCGCCUCUGAAUAUGCCCGCUACGGAAUCGACGACGACGACAAUGACGACAGCAACAUCCCAGACCUCUCCCUCGCGCGCGACGCCGGCACCGGCUCGGCCGCAACUGAAAGCCUGCUCAUGUCUCCCUCGCGAACACAGUCGCUGACCUCGAGCAUGAUGGAGUCCGAGGACCAGCACCCCUUCAUCCCCGCCUCGUCCGAUCUCUCUUCACGCUCGUCUGCGGUUGGCGCAGGCGCGGGCGUCGGCGCAGGCGUCGGCGGUGCGGGUGUGAAAGGCGGAGCGAUUGGCGCUGGCAGCGGCGCGGCGGCGGCAGCAGCAGCAGUCUCGCCAUUGUCAGAGAAGCGCGCGAUGGCUGCAGGCCGACGACAGCGGAGAAUAUGUGGCAUGGCGAGACGGACGUUUAUCAUUGUGCUGAUCGUCGCUAUUGCCGUCAUCGCGGCUAUUGCGGGCGGUGUCGCGGGCGGCGUGUCGCAUCAUCAUAGCAAGAGCAGUUCUGCGAGCUCUGAUUCUUCAUCGACCAGCAGCAGCGCUAAUACUGCGGUUACGGCUACAACGUCAAGCGCUACAACGUCAAGCUCGAAUGGAGCGGUGACCAAGACGACUGUCAGCUCAUCUCCAUCGACUACAUCCCCCGAUACGACACGCAGCAGUUCUACCUCCGCUGCCGGCGCCAUCAAGACUGGGGCAUCUACAUCCAGCAUCUCCAGCACCCCCAGCAUAUCCCUCUUGUUACCGACCACAUCAUCAUCAUUAUCAACAACAUCUGUGCUUUCCUCAAAAUCAUCAGCAUCAACCUCCAGCCUGGCUUUGGCUUUGACCACCAGCACAACUCCCUCCGCAUCCGCAAAGACACCGGUUUCAUCAGCAAAGCAAACCACGAGAACCACAUCCUCUUUCGUCGCAAAGUCGACAUCUCUCUCCGCCUCCGCCUCAGCCUCAACGUCGACAGCCGCUUCCUCCUCUGUACGGACCACUUCAGCUCUCGCGACAACCCCGACCCUCGCCGCCUCGAUCUCGGUCGCGCCGGGUCUGACGCUCACAGAAGCCUCAGCGACGUACUCCGCGCUGUUCCUGCUUGAGUCGCCAUCCGCGGCUUCUGAUAACGUGUUUGCGACGACGUCUGGGACCGCGGUCGAGUACUACAGCGUCGACGCGUCGGGCUCGACUGUUGCCGCCGCGCAGUUCACAUCCACAGACGCGCAGGGCAACGCAGCAGUUUACGCGGCCGUGACGACGACCUCCGUGGAGACUGCUGGCACUGCUGUCGCGACGGUGGUGGCGACGCAUUAUGAGGCGGUGGAGAUGACGGUGUAUGAAGGCGGGCAGUACGUGAUUUACGCGCCGGUGACGGCGACGGUGGGAGAGCAGCCGACGGUGAGUUAUGUGGCGGCCUCGACUAUUACCGCGUUCACGGUCGACGAUACGGUGUAUGUCGCGGUCAGCUCUGUGAUCUCUGGUAGUGGCGCGACGGCGAUUGUCGAGAACGUGUACUAUGCGCCAGUUACGGCAGCAGAUACAGCAGCAGAAGAUGCAGCUACGUCCACAGCAGCUUCAACUUCAGCAGCAGCGGCUAUUGGUACAGCAGCAGCAGCAGCAGCAGAGGUCUGAACUGCUCACGAAUAGGAAUGUGUGGGAAUAUGUUGCAGCUUAGAGCAUUAAAGCGUUAAUAAUAGAUUACUUAAUCAUCAAGAAUGCGAAAUACGAGAUACGAAGACGGGAGCACGAAGACGAAUACGGCGAUGGCGUUUUUAGGCGGUCGGGAGCGGAUGAUUGAAUCAUUCACGCCACCCGAGGUGUUUAUUCAAGUGUCUAGAACAAAGACGAUGAAACAGAAGAAGGAGGAGAGAGGAAGUUGAGUAGUUAAAGACAAGAACAGUCUUAAUGAAUUAUCGCGGAGUUAAACAAAGCGGAAUCUACGUCAUCAACUCGUUCUCCUCCAUCGCGCGAGUCCUUCCUGGUCCUGGUCUGGGAGAAUACCCAAAACAGGCCAAAACCGGGCUGAAGAGCAGAGACCAGGUCGUCGAAGCUCAGAAGCCCGAUGAAUACGACGAUUCCGCCAAAUCCUGCUCUCUGUCACCUUCUCAAGCUUGUCCUGUGCCUCGUUAA